UUAAUUUCAUUUCAUUGGUUCUGAUAAAUCAUCACAUUGCUACGAUAACUAAAUCCAUUCUUAACUACUUAAUAGAUUUCGAAUUAGUUAGCGACGUUCGUCAAGGACUUGAAGUAUGUUCUGCUUCCUCGACUAGUGGCGUGAGUUGAUUAUUAUCUAAUUUAAAUAUGAAUUUCUCCAAUGUCAAUCAUUGAUUAUUGGAGAAUUUUUUUUCAUUAAAUUUCAUGGAGAAAUACGGGAAAUUUGUUUAUGUAGGCUUUCAAGAGUGUUUUUGUUUGCUUUUCUCAUUAAGUAUAUAAGCUUAGGAAAAAUACCUCAUUCGUAGUAUCAGACUGAUUCCUGUGUAAACAUGUUCUCAAAGGUAGCUGCUUUUUGCUUAGUUCUUGGUGUUGCCAACGCCAGUCUAUUGGCUCCAGUUCAUCUGAUUAACACUGGAGUGAGUGCUCGAUCUCAAGUACAAGAUAAACUUGGAAACUAUGCUUUCGGAUAUGACAUCAAGGAUGGCAAAGGAGCCACCAACUCCAGAUCUGAAGUAGGAGAUGCUCAUGGAAACAAGAAGGGAUCAUACACUCUCGCUGACAUCGAUGGACGAGCAAGAAAGGUUGAAUACGUUGCCGAUGGACAUGGAUUCAGAGCUGUUGUCAAGACCAACGAACCUGGUACCGCUCACAGUGCACCAGCCGCUGCUGUCAUCGCUAGUCCAUACGCUGCUCCUGCUGAUAUCGCCCACGCUGCACCCAUCGCUCAUGUUGCACCCGUUAUUGGACAUGGUAUUGCCGCUCCAAUGAUUGCUGCUGCUCCAGUAGCUUACGGUGGAGUUAUUGGACAUGCUGGUCUUGGACUCGGAUAUGGUGCUGGUUUGGGUUAUGGAAAUGGUCUCGGAUUAGGCAUGGGGCUCAUGGGAGUUGGAAUGAAAGGAAUGUGGUAAUUUAUAUGGUCAUAUGGUGUGGUACUUUACGUGUAUUAUGUUGCGAAAUAAAUAUUGUAAUUUCUA